AGCAACAAACAAGCAAUCAGGCAAAAACCAAUGAGCAAUUCUUCUUCUUCUUUGGCACUACAACCGCUGUGCGGUCUUGGCCUGCACCAGAAACAAUGUUAAUGUCAAUUAUCCCUGGUGCUAUCCCUGGUGCAAAAAUUCGUGCUUUCCGUAGUUUUUAAGCUUUUUCGCGAGCAACUUUACAAUAUGUCACUAGUGCGGUCAUUUCAGAUUCUUCUACCGAAGCUUCCAUCCGUGCCAUUUAUCGGCGUCAAUGUGGCCAACACAGUUACAGAUACUACAUCAGGCGGUGCGUGGGGGCUGCUUUUGACGCGUACCGUAAUGCGGAAUCACUUUCCUCGAGCACGCGAAACCAAACGAGUGCGAGUUCAUGGCUGGCUCAAGAGAAUGUCCACUCCUGCAGGGCGGCGUAUAUUGAUGCGGCAAAUACUCAAAGGGAAGCACGUACUAUCGCACUGA